AUGGAUGACAAAAAUAAAGCUAGCGGAUCGAAGACAUUAUCGAACUUGGCUCAACAGCUCCGCCUGCCUCAGCCGUAUUUAUCUGGAAAGGGUUUUGAUGCUACCAAUAUUGGAGGUUGUGACAUGCCACCAAAAGCGCAUAUUGAUAGAAGUAUUGCAGUUCUGAUCUGCAUAUUUGACGGAGACAAUGUUGAACUACGAGUCAUCCUCACUCAGUGUUCCUCCACUCUCUCAUCUCACUCUGGUGAAGUGGCUCUUCCUGGUGGAAAGUUGGAGGAAGGCGACAGAGAUAAAAUUGCAACCGCAUUGAGGGAAGAAAACGAGGAGAAUCGCUUAGACCCUUCACUUGUUGACGUUGUUUCCAUUCUCAAAUCUUUCUCUAUGAAGGUAUCCUCCAAUUAUGCUAUUACUUGGACAUCAUUUCAAUUUGUGAAAGUGGCCUUUCUUAUAUAAACUGCAAGUCGCCAGGGGUAUAAAAUAUAAAUUGUAAGUUUCUUACUAGAUAACCUUCUUGUUAUAAAAACAUUGACAUGGUUGUAGUGUCAGUGCUUCGCACGCCUGCUCUUUGACAAAGCUGCAUUUCACCCCUCCUUAAACAACAGUGAAAUCCAAACAGUGUUUUAUGAAAUAUAUUUCAAGGUUCGAUCUAUUAAUUCUUCAUUUUUGUUGUCUUCUCAUGCCUUAAGGGGUUUGAUCUUUGAUGAAAUUGGCAACCACAUCUGAACUAUGAGAAUGUUAAACCCUUCACUUUAAAGCAUUGAACUGUAAUUAUAUUUAUGCUAAAUCACUUGGUUAAUUGGAAGGAAAUCUUCUUUGCCUGCUAAUUUGUCUUAGUUCUACUUUUGUUUGAUCAAGAGUAAUUAGAUUAUGGUAGUAUAGUGAUGGUCUUCCGUGUUGUAAUUUUUACUUGUCAAGUCGAUGUCAGACGACAUGUGUUCCGUUUGCUUACCUUAUGUCCUCUUUGUCAUCUCUAUUAUAUCUUCAUAUUUUGGAGAUUGUGGAUCCAAGGUUUCUUCAAAAGAAUUGGAUAGAGGCAGUGCAACACCUUUUCCAAGGCUUGUGCGCACUGUCCCUGGUAGAAUUGCACACGGCAGUGCGUAGUACAUUGUACAGAGUAUAAAUCAGCAUAACAGUGUAGCACUUCUCAUCAGUUGCAUUUACUAGGUGAUGGUUUGAUGCUGUGUUAAUGUUAUAUUUCUUGUGGUAAUUGGCGUGAUGUUGGGUUUAUAUUGGUUGACUGUUGUGUUUAUCGGAAUUUUGAUCAACUCAUAUAUGUAUGUUUUUAUGUUACAUUUUUAUCAUUGAUAUAUUACUGGGAUAAUAAAGUUUUUUUUUGGGUCUCAUGUAAAUUUAUUUCCUUGGUCUGAACUUCCGGUUGAAAUUUGUUAUUGAGAAUCCUGCGCGCUGUUUCACUACAAAAAAAAGCUCAUAUAGCGACGGACCAAAUCCGUCUCUAAAUUGGUCAAAUCCGUCGCUAUGUGUGCUUAGGGACGGAUUUAGGGACGGAUUACAUCCGUUAUUAAAAACCUUGUCGCUAAUUCAAUUUAGGGACCGAUUCCAUAAAAUCCGUAUCUAAUAUUUAGAGACGGAUUUUUGAAUCUGUCUCUAAAUUUAGAGACGGAUUUUUAAAUCCGUCCCUAAGUUUAGAGACGGAUUUUUGAAUCUGUCUCUAAAUUUAGGGACGGAUUCAAAAUUCCGUCCCUAAAAUUUAGGGACGGAUUCACAAAUCCGUCUCUAAAAUUAGCAAGUAAAAAUAAUUUCUACCUAUUGUUAGAUGUUCGGUUCAACUCGGUCCCAUUACCGGUUCGAAAUCUUCCGGUUCGAAAUCUUGCUUAGGUCAUCCCGCUCCAGCUUUGCAAGGGGAAGGGAUAAGGGGAAUCGAACUUGUGACCUCAAAGUCACGAGGAGAAACUCUAACCAACCACACCAAAUACAACUUGUAUACUUCUAUGUGUGAAAUUGAUAAUAAUUAAAAGAAAUAUUUGAAACGGAUCUAGAAAAUCCGUCUCUAAACUAGGGACGGAUUUAACAUUCCGUCUCUAAAUUAGGGACGGAUUUUAUAUUCUGUCUCUAAUUUAGAGAAAUUGCUAAAACAAAUUAGGGACGGAUUUUAAAAUUUCGUCUCUAAUUUAGAUCUAACUUUCUACGAAGAGCCUAUGAGAAAUUGCUAGUGGACUUUACGUUUUGAAAUUGCUAAAACACAUUAGGGACGAAUUUUGAAAUCCGUCCCUAACUUAGAGACGGAUUUGGUAAUCCGUCCCUAACUUAGAGACGGAUUUCAAAUCCGUCCCUAACUUAGUGACGGAUUUUGAAAUCCGUCCCUAAAUUAGAGACGGAUUUAUAAAUCCCUCGAUAAAAGUAUCGACGAAUAUCUAAUAUCCUUCUCUAAAUAAAUUUUGCGACGGAUGUUGAAUAUUCCGUCUCUAAAUUAGAAACGGAUAUAAAUCCGUCGCUAUAUAUCCGUUGCUAUACGAGAUUUUUUUUGUAGUGUUUCUAUGUUCUAAAUGUCCGUUGACAAUGGUAUAAUUUUUUCUUAUAGAAUGUUACUCAGUUGGAUAGUGAGAUAAUCUAUGACACGACUUUGAUUAUAAUUUCUUUAGUUUCAAAACCCUUGUGAUAUCGUAUCGCUUAAAGGUCCGAGGGGGUGUGGUGUAGAGACCCCAGGACAUGUUGAUGAGGGUUGUUGUAGGGGUGGUGUAAUACUGUAAUGGUGUACUGGUGCCUCAUGUUUAAGUUUUGGGCACUUUGCUUGCCUUUUAUGGUUGGUGUUUGUGGUACGUCAAAAAAUUGUAAACAAUAAUUGCAUUUCUACUUUUCUUAUAGUUCAUAUGCAAUUUUGUUAUGCUAUUUUAUUAGUUUGUUAUUGUGUGUUUAGUUAAUCAUUUCUCAUUAUCCAUGUUGAUGUUAUGAAUUUUGAGUUUUAAUUUAUCUAUGCAUGACAUGAACUAGAACCGCUUCAAGUAUGUUGGUUGUGGAACUUGUCAUAUUCAUAUAUUAGUUUUGGAAAAGAAGUCAGUUAAUAGCCUAUUACUUUUCUAGACCGAUUUUCACAUAUACUUUAUCCAACAAAUAAUAUAUCGCCAUCUGUUGCAUAAAGUUAGCUAUCGCUUGACUCUAAGUAAAAGUAGAGUUAGUAAUUCGGGUAUAUGCAUUGGUUUAGUGGUAGGGCAUGCUAAAAGAUGGUAUAAAUGGUAAAAGUAUAAUAUAAUGAUAUGAUAAAAGGCUUGGUUGUUUGUGUUAGGAUUGGGUAAUGACUUGAAUCAGAUUACAUUUUGAUAGCUUAAAGUGUGAGUUGUUCCAGAUUAUUUCCUCUGUUUUGUAAGUAAGAAGAAAACUGGGUCUGAAGGAAAUUUGUAUCUGUCUAAUCUGUUUAAUCUGUUUCGAUUCCUUCUCCACAUGGACAUAUAAUUUAAUUAUAUUAAUUAUUGUGUUUUGGUCUUUGUUAGGUAUAUUUGUUGACAUAACUAAUGUUAUGAUCUUACCAACCAUGGCACGUUAGUAGCUUAUACUAACCUUGGACUUCUUUGCAGCUCCAUACUUCUUAAAUCUCAAUACUAUGUAGAAUUGUAGCGCGUUAGUCUAUAGUACAUAGGGCCCUAAAAGAGGAUAACUACAACUGGGGUCUAUCCAAAUGGAUGGGCCGCGAUAAAACACAUUAUUGAAGCUCUUGUGAAGUCCGGCUCCAGGAAGCCUAUCUCAUGGUAGAAUAUAUAUUAAUUACGCUGAAAUAUAUUAAUAAGAAACCAACUAUACAAUUUUAACGAUUUUCAUAAGAGGGAUUCUUGAAAACCAUGGUUGACAUUAUAAACCCUCAGACCUCGAACGCUACUCCUUAUCUACAUGUCAUUGCCUUUAGUUAGUUCACUCCUUUGGCCUUUGGCCCUUUUAUGAUUGUCUUUUUGGUUAAUUUAUUGGUUGUGUAUGCAUGUGUUAGUUGUUCUUGUUAACUGUGGUAACUGUUUGAUUCUUCUCCGAUUGAAAUUCAUGUUCUAUUUUGAUAAAUACUAAGAAAAUACACAUGUGCAUCUUUUUCUUUUGAUUGCAUACAUUGACUUAGCUGUGACAUUCAUCUAUAUAUUAUGAGUUUGUAGAUGAAAUGUGAAAAUAAUUUACAGAUAACAGAGGGAAAAAAACAGAUGUGUUUUGGUACAACCUUCUUUUGUUACCUUUAAUUCUUUGAUAAAAAAAAAGUUUGGUGAAUCAGGUAACAUGGAGGAGGCAGAAAUAUGGUUGGAAAGGAUGAGAGAGAAGGGAGUUACUCCCACUGUUGAAACAUAUAGCAUUCUUAUUGAUGGUUAUGGCAUGAAUCAUGUGACUGAUCGUAGUUUCGAGAUACUGGAAAGUAUGGAGCACUAUGGUUUGAAACCAGGUGUAAUAACAUAUGGUCCUCUUUUACAUUGUCUCCUGCAAAGAAGGUAACCUUGUUGAAGCCGAGGACAACCACAAUCAAAUACAUGAGCGUAGCCGGGAGGCCCGGGAAAACCACAAUCAAAUACAUGAGCAUAGCAAUAACCGACUUCCUGCAUCAAUGUUUAUUUGAUUCCACAUGUUAUAAUAUCCCAAAAUUGAAUUUCAUCUUAAGAGUAGUGCAAUCAAGGUAAUUGAAGUUGAAUUGGAAAGUCGGUGUUGUUUUCAGGUGAAAUUUGUUGAGUUUUGCACUAGUGAUGAAGUGGAAUCCUAGAUUAAUAUGUGGGUUGAACAUGGCUGGUGUUUGUGAUCAAAGACUCAAUGGAUAAUUGAGCGAGAUACAUAUGGAUUACCACUUACAAUAAUAGAAGGUAAGGUGUAUUGUAUGAAGAUCGAAAUUGAGGGAUUUACAUUUUAACUUGGAAGUCAGUUAUUUGGAUUUGAUUUUAGCUCAACAUGUAGUUCUCCAUUUGGACGGUUACCCUUGUGACAUACAGAGUAUUUAUACUAACAAAUAGGUUUUUUCAAUUGA